GUUUGGGAAGGAUUUGCUAUGAUUUCAGCACAGCAUUAGGAGAAAGUAAACACUACACAGGUUCCAUGAAAGUGUGCAUGAGAGGGAGGUGGCAAUGUAUGGCACAACACACACCUACAGAAAGGAGAGUGCAAAGUACAAAGCACAAUCUCUGCUGCCACAACCCAUCAAAACAACCAGCGAUGAAUCACAAGGCAGCAGGGAGGAUUCUGGGAUAACACCUUACAUUGGAGUUACAUAAUUUUAGAGCAGGUUUUGGAGGUACUGCCGCUGGACCAAGCACACAACCUACUGUCCUUUGCUUAGACUUCAGUUUUCAUUGGUCACAUUUGGCAGAUGGGCGGGACUUUCAGAACACUCAAGCUGCAGUUUGAGAACAGUGCUUACUGGGUUGUGUUUAUGCUGAUCUGUGUCAGGUGAUUGGAGGUUUUCUGGUUGAAAGGACCUCUCACCUAUGGUGGGUGUGUGUGUCUGUAUUUCUGUCACUUGGACUCCGGUGUACAUUGCUAUUACUCCAAGCCAUGGCGGGCUGCAGCACUGCUCAGCUCCGGAGUUCUAAUGCAGACUCUGAUUCGGACUCAGACUGCGAGGGACUAGGGCCCCGGCAUCAGAUCAUUCACAGUGGGCACUUCAUGGUAUCUUCCCCACAUGGCGAUGACAAGCACAGGGGAAGCGAACCCCAGAGGCCGGGGAACCUGCCAGCUGGCACCAUUGAUCCCACUUUGACUCGGCUGUUUGAGUGCAUGAGUCUGGCAUACAGUGGAAAUCUGGUUUCACCAAAAUGGAAGAAUUUUAAGGGGUUACGACUACUAUGGAGAGACAAGAUUCGACUAAAUAAUGCCAUCUGGAGGGCUUGGUAUCUUCAGUAUAUAGAAAAAAGGAAGACGCCAGUGUGUGGGUUUGUGACUCCACUGACUGGUUCAGAGGGAGAUGAUCACCGGAAACCAGAGGCUGUGGUAUUGGAAGGCAACUACUGGAAGCGCCGCAUAGAAGCAGUGAUGAAAGAAUACAACAAAUGGAGAAUAUACUACAAGAAGCGACUACGGAAACUUCAUCAAGAUGGCAACAAAUCAUUUAAUGAGCAAUGGUCUGCUCCAGCGUGGAGAUGCAGUCAGGUAUAUUAUGGGUGCCCCAGACUGGAGGAUAUUUGUGGGACCGAAGAAGACAUGCUGUACGAUCUGGAUUACUAUUUAACAGAUAUUUCUGACACCCUGUUUACCACGACUCAUGGCAUGCAAAAUACUUACCAGUCUCCAGACUAUGAUUAUGCUGGAAAUUCGGAUAUGAUCCAGCCGGGUUUGUCUACGUUCCAGCCCACUCCAGACGACUUUGCAGAUAUAACAGAUUUUUUUAGUGGUCCCCGAACUCAGCAACUUCCCGUGUAUUUCCAAGAGCAGAACUGUUUCUCCAGCUACAAUGAAGGAAUCGCUAACCAACAUCACCCUGUAGCCACCUGUCAGAGGAUCCCUCAGCCUUACAGCUCCUUUGGAUCUAGGUCAGAAUCCUGCUUUACCAAUGCAGUUAUUUCCCCGAGCUAUGCCAGUACCACAAUGAGUUGUGUCUCUCCCAGAGCUGAGUCAAAGCACCUGCCCCAUUACCCCUUACCUCGUAAUGAUUUCAGCACAGACACUGACACCUUCCCACCAGAACAGUCGUUAACAAUGCCAUGUAUUUCCCAAAACCUUCCAGUGCAAAAUUCAGACAUUUUGUUUCCACAUGUAUCCUGCCCAAAACAUAAUUAUUCUGGCUCAGUCACAGAAAGCAGUAUCCUUGGCCACACUGCACCCUCCCAUACAGAUAACUACCCCUUGUAUUCAGAAAACUCUUCCCUGGAGGCCCCUCACAUAUUCUCCAUUCCAAAACAAUGUGGAAGCUUGGCAAACAACAGCGACAGGACACCGGCAGUGGACAUUACUGAAAGACCUACUUCUGUCAGCCCGUCAAAAAUUUCUUUGAAAGCUAAGCCUGAUUCCUCCACGAAUGUGCCCUCUUGUGGGCUAAUUGGACAAAACAGCACGACAGGUGCAAGAUCAGAUUCUCUCUGUUUUACAGCCAUUGCUGCUCCAGCUGUUCAGCCCCUUGUGCCUCCCACAAUUCAGUGCAACUUCUCACCAUCACCCCCUCCCCCAAUAUUUGUGAGCCCUGUGUUUAGUUCCCAGAACAGCUCCAUUUCUGGUUCCACAGCCCAGCCGUGCUCUUCUCUGCAACCUAAAACCGAGAGACUUUCUCCAACAUCAAUCUGUGCAGGUGGUGAGAGCAAAGAUUCACUCAGUGUGCUCUGCCUUCAGUCCUCUACCUCCUGGGGCAGAACUGGGUGUAAAAAGGUAGAGAGCCGGCGCAUAACCCACAUCUCGGCAGAGCAGAAGCGGCGUUGUAACAUCAAGAUCGGGUUUGACACUCUGCAUAAUCUGGUGACAACUCUUCGUGGACAGCACAGCAACAAGCUUAGCAAGGCAACCACCCUGCAGAAGACGGCUGAGUAUGUCUAUAAGCUGCAGCAGGAGAGGGCCCAGCUGCAAGAAGAGGCACAGCACUUGCGCUGCCAGAUCCAGGAGCUUAAUGACAGCAUCAACCUUUGCCAGCAGCAGCUCCCAGCCUCUGGCGUUCCUAUGACACAACAGCGGUUCCAGCACAUGCGUCAACUGUUUCAGAACUAUGUACAGUCACGGACCCUGCAAAACUGGAAGUUCUGGCUCUUCAGCCUCAUCAUCACGCCUCUCUUUGAGUCAUUUAACAGGAUGGUUUCCACCGCAAGUCUGGCAGAUCUCAGGCAAACGUCUCUCGAAUGGUUGGACCAAUACUGUUCCCUCCCUACCCUGCGGCCCUCCGUGUUAAGUUCACUUUGCCAGCUCAGCACCUCCACGUCCAUUCUCAGUGAUCCAACGCUCUUGCCAGAGCAAGCAUUACAGGCUGUCACUCGGCAGGACAAUGAGGAUAUCUUUCUUUAACUGAGCCAGGGAGGAGAGCUCUGUUGGAUCUGGAAAGUCGUAACCAAACACAGGAAAGGUAAUAAUCAAGCCGGCCUCAACCAAUGAAACCAGAUGCAUCGACUUACCGCGAAUGUGAAAGGUUUCACGUGAAAGCAACAUUCCAACUUAUUUAACUUUUGUACAUCUCUGUAUAGAAUCUCUUUUCUGUGAAAGUCUUUAUAUGUUAGAUAGAUGUUUUUAAAGUUUUCUUUUCAUCAAUGUAUUGCACAGCUGUAAGCACAGUCCUGAUACACAAUUCCACGGAUUAUUCAUGUACUAAUGCUUAGUUUUUAAUUCCAGCCUCUUUAAAAUAAAAAAUGUUUGUUACUGCAAAGAAUUCAUUACAAACUUGUGACUUGCAACCCACAAUGCUGCGGCUCUUCUUGUGUUUCUUCUAAACGUUUGUGGGAGCUGUUAUUGGUGAAAUCUGAAUUUCUUGUUCAGACAUUCUCAUUGGUGAAUUCUUUUGCAUCUGAAUUGAAAUUUGUGUUGGCAGCUUUCUCAUUGGUGAAUUCUAAAUUAAAAUUUCUGUUCAGAAGCAUACUUAUUGGUUAUUUUGUUUGCAUCUGUAUUGAAAUUUGUGGUCGCAGAAUUCUCGUUGGUG